AUGACCCGGGACGAGGCACUGCCAGACUUGUAUUCAGCACAGGGCUUCUAUGAGAACUAUGAGCCCAAGGAGAUCCUGGGCAGAGGAGUUAGCAGUGUCGUCAGGCGCUGCAUCCACAAGCCCACGUGCCAGGAGUAUGCUGUGAAGAUCAUUGACAUCACCGGCGGGGGCAGCUUCAGCUCUGCGGAGGUGCAGGAGCUGCGGGAGGCGACGCUGAAGGAGGUGGACAUCCUGCGCAAGGUCUCGGGGCUCCCCAACAUCAUACAGCUGAAGGACACAUAUGAGACCAACACUUUCUUCUUCUUGGUGUUUGAUCUGUACCACAGGAUGAAGAGAGGGGAGCUCUUUGAUUACCUCACUGAGAAGGUCACUCUGAGUGAGAAGGAAACCAGAAAGAUCAUGAGAGCCCUGCUGGAGGUAAUCUGCAAUUUGCACAAACUCAACAUUGUGCAUCGGGAUCUGAAGCCUGAGAACAUCCUCUUGGAUGAUGACAUGAACAUCAAACUCACAGACUUUGGUUUUUCCUGCCAGCUGGAGCCAGGAGAGAAGCUGCGAGAGGUCUGUGGGACCCCCAGUUACCUGGCCCCUGAGAUCAUUGAAUGCUCCAUGAAUGAUGACCACCCAGGUUAUGGGAAGGAAGUAGACAUGUGGAGCACAGGCGUCAUCAUGUACACCCUGCUGGCUGGCUCCCCACCCUUCUGGCACCGGAAACAGAUGCUGAUGCUGAGGAUGAUCAUGAGUGGCAACUACCAGUUUGGCUCACCUGAAUGGGAUGAUUAUUCAGACACAGUGAAGGACUUGGUUUCUCGCUUCUUGGUGGUGAACCCCCGGGGCCGCUGUUCAGCAGAAGAGGCCUUAGCACACCCGUUCUUCCAGCAGUAUGUGGUGGAAGAAGUGCGUCACUUCAGCCCCCGGGGCAAGUUCAAGGUGAUUGCUGUAACAGUACUGGCUUCAGUGCGGAUCUACUACCAGUACCGCCGGGUGAAGCCGGUGACCCGGGAGAUCGUCAUCCGUGACCCUUAUGCCCUCCGUCCUCUGCGCCGACUCAUCGAUGCCUAUGCUUUCCGCAUCUAUGGCCACUGGGUGAAGAAGGGGCAGCAGCAGAACCGGGCUGCCCUCUUUGAGAACACACCCAAAGCUGUGCUCCUCUCCCUGGCUGAGGAAGACUACUGA